UGAAAUAAAAAGGAAGUAAAACAAGAGAAGCAAGGAAGCAUUUUUCUGUGUUGUGUAGCGAUCCUCAAACCUUCUCUCUUCUUUCAUAACAUUCAAAUGGACAUUGAUUUCAAAGACUACCAAUUGCGCUGCGAGCUUCGCGGCCACGAAGACGAUGUUCGCGGAAUAUGCGUUUGCGGCAGUGAGGCCAUUGCGACCUCGUCGAGGGACCGGGCGGUUAGAUUGUGGUCUCUGGACAGCAACCGCAAGUUCGUAAGUUCCAAGAUUCUUUUGGGGCACACGAGCUUUGUGGGACCCUUGGCAUGGAUUCCCCCGAAUUCGGAGUUUCCGCUUGGUGGGAUUGUGUCUGGCGGCAUGGACACUUUGGUCUUUGUCUGGGACUUGAACACUGGUGAGACGGUUCAUACUCUCAAAGGCCAUCAGUUGCAGGUCACUGGCAUUGUGUUUGAUGAAGGGGAUGUUGUGUCCUCUUCUGUUGACUGUACCUUAAGGCGGUGGAGAAAUGGGCAAACUGUAGAGACGUGGGAAGCUCACAAGGCACCAGUCCAAGCAGUUAUAAAGUUGCCAUCAGGAGAGUUUGUUACUGGUUCAAGUGACAGUACUUUAAAGCUUUGGAGAGGAAAAACUUGCGUACAUACCUUUGAAGGACAUUCAGAUACAGUUCGUGGCUUGUCUGUGAUGUCUGGUCUUGGAAUCCUAUCUGCAUCCCAUGACGGUUCUCUUAGAUUAUGGGCAGUAAGUGGUGAAGUGUUAAUGGAGAUGGUUGGUCAUACUGCUAUUGUUUAUUCAGUUGAUUCACAUGCAUCGGGACUUAUUGUCAGUGGUAGCGAAGAUCGUUUUGCCAAAGUUUGGAAAGAUGGAGUUUGUGUUCAGAGCAUAGAACAUCCUGGUUGUGUUUGGGAUGCAAAGUUUAUGGAAAAUGGGGAUAUUGUGACAGCGUGUUCAGAUGGAGUCGUACGCAUUUGGACUGUAGAUCAGAAUAAUGUUGCUGAACAGCAAGAGCUUGAUUUAUACACUUCACAACUUUCUCUAUACAAAUCUAGUAGGAAGAGGGUUGGAGGAUUGAAAUUAGAAGAGUUACCAGGCUUGGAGGCACUAAAGAUCCCAGGAACAACUGAUGGCCAGACAAAAAUAGUGAGAGAGGGGGAUAAUGGGGUGGCAUAUGGAUGGAACAAGAGAGAACAGAAGUGGGAUAAAAUCGGUGAAGUUGUUGAUGGACCUGAGGAAUCAAAUCGCCAACUGUUUGAUGGUAUUCAGUAUGAUUAUGUGUUUGAUGUGGAUAUUGGUGAUGGUAUGCCUAUCCGUAAGCUGCCAUACAAUCGAUCAGAUAAUCCAUAUGAUGUUGCUGAUAAAUGGCUACUCAAGGAGAAUCUUCCACUUUCUUUUCGUGAACAAGUUGUACAGUUCAUUCUUCAAAAUACCGGACAAAACAAUGUUACUUUUGAUGCCUCAUUUCGUGAUCCCUAUACUGGCUCCCAUGCUUACGUACCAGGACAACCUUCUCAUUUGUCUGAUAUUUCUGCAAAACCCACUUUCAAGCAUAUUCCUAAGAAAGGGAUGCUUGUUUUUGAUGCUGCUCAGUUUGACGGGAUCCUUAAAAAGAUUAUUGAGUUCAAUAAUGCAUUACAAUCUGACCAGGAAAAGCAGAACUUGUCUUUGACUGAGCUCAAUGUUUCCAGACUGGGUGCCAUUGUUAAAAUUCUGAAAGAUACUUCACAUUAUCAUUCUAGUAAAUUUGCAGACUCUGAUAUAGACUUGUUACUGAAUCUGCUUCGAUCAUGGCCUAUUGCAAUGAUAUUUCCUGUCAUUGAUAUGAUAAGGAUGAUAGUUCUUCAUCCAGAUGGGGCUAUUUUACUUAACAAGCAUUUUGAAGCAGAAAACGACAUUGUAGUGGAAGUGAUUAAGAAAGUCACUGUAAGUCCGACAGUUCCUGCGAAUCUGUUGACCAGCAUUCGUGCUGUGACUAAUCUCUUCAGGAAUUCAUGCUACUACAAUUGGUUGCAGAAACAUCGUAGUGAGAUACUUGACGCUUUCUCAAGUUGUAGUUCAUCUCCAAACAAAAAUUUGCAGUUGUCAUACUCUACCUUGUUACUAAAUUAUGCUGUGCUGUUGAUUGAAUCAAAUGAUCAAGAAGGUCAAUCUCAAGUUCUAUCAGCAGCUCUUGAGCUUGCCGAGGAUGAAAAUGUGGAAGUUGAUUCCAAAUUUCGUGCUUUGGUUGCUGUUGGAUCUCUGAUGCUUAAGGGUCUCGUCAGAAAAAUAGCUCUGGAUUUUGAUGUUUUGAACAUUGCAAAAGCAGCUAAGGGUUCUAAGGAUGCCAAGAUUGCUGAAGUCGGAUCUGACAUUGAGCUGUUAACAAAGCAGACCUGAAAUGGUGUUCCGCUCCUCCAAAUAAAAUGAAGGAUUACUUUUUGUACUAAAAGGAAGUCAGCAACCAAUAUCACCGUUUAGAGUGUAAAAUUGUCAUCUUUUUCUAUUUAAAAACAAGGAGCUGUUUCAUUUUAGAAGAUUCAUUGAAAGUGGCUCAGCAGCAGUAACCUACAAUACAGAUUUCCACUCCCUACUGACAUAAUUAUAGUUGAAAAACCAUGAGACGUUUAUCAGAUAGAUUGUGUAAGCCAAUUGAGCAAUUGAGAACAUUCUAGUCUUUUUCUAUAAUUUGCUUUAAUGUUAGGUUAUUAGUUAUUUAACAUUUGGGGACGUGAAUGAAGUAUGUGUGCUACCAGCGUGUUUGUUUUUUCUAUUUAAGAGUGCACGUUUUGAUCUUA